AUGCCUUUGUAUGCUAAGUUCCUCAAAGAAAUCUUAUCUAAUAAAAGGAAACGUUAUGAUGACAAUACAGUGGCACUCGCUGAAGAAUGCAGUGUCAUUAUACAGAAUCAGAUGCCACCUAAACUGAAGGAUCCAGUGAUCUUUUCGAUUCCUUGUGUUAUAGGCAAGUUCUUAAUCGAUAAGGCCUUGUGUGAUUUAGGAGCUAGCGUUAGCUUGAUGCCGCUCUCAAUCAGUGAGAGGUUGAAUUUAGACUUUGUAGUGAUGGACAUCAAAGAAGAAUUCAAUAUUUUGAUCUUGUUAGGUAACCCUUUCUUAGCCACAGCUGGUGCUAUAAUAGAUGUGAAGAUACGGAAACUUACUUUAGAGUUCUUGAAAGAGUUAUUGUUAGAGGCGCCACCCGCCGAAGAGUUGGUUGUGCCUCCGACACCGGAAGUAAAGGAUCCCGAGGCUGAGUUACAAUUAGAUGCAGAAUUAGAGGAGUUUCUCGCCAUUACUUAG